AUGGAAGUGCGCGAGGGGUUUUACUGCCGGAAGAGAGACGCAACCAAAAGACGCAACCAAGAGACACGCAACCAAGAGAUACGCAACCAAGAGACACGCAACCAGAGACACGCAACAAAUAGACACGCAACAAAGAACACGCAACCAAGAAACACGCAACCAAGAGACACGCAACCAAAGGAGAGACAACCAAGAGACACGCAACCAAGAGACACGCAACAGAGACACGUAAACCCAAAGAGACGCAACCAAGAGACACGCAACCAAGAGACACGCAACAAAGAGACACGCAACAAAGAGACACGCAACCAAGAAACACGCAACCAAGAGACACGCAACCAAGAGAGACGCAACCAAGAGACACGCAACCAAGAGGACACGCAACCAAGAGAGACGCAACCAAGAGAGACGCAACCAAGAGACACGCAACCAAGAAGACGCAACCAAGACAGACGCAACCAAGACAGACGCAACCAAGACAGACGCAACCAAGGACACGCAACCAAGACAGAGCAACCAAGACACACGCAACCAAGACAGACGCAACCAAGAGAGACGCAACCAAGAGACACCAACCAAGACAAGCAACCAAGAGACAACGCAACCAGAACACGCAACCAAGACAGACGCAACCAAGGAGACACGCAAGCAAUAGACAGCAACCAAGAGACACGCAACCAAGAGAGACGCAACCAAACAGAGCAACCAAAGACACAUGCCAACCAAAAACGCCAACCAAAGACACGCAACCAAGAAGACGCAACCAAGACACGCAACCAAGAGACACGCAACCAAGAAAACACGCAACCAAGAGACGAAACCCAAAGGGAACACCAACCAAGAGAGACGCAACCAGAGAGACUCAACAAGAGAGACGAAACCCAAGAGACACGCAACCAAGAGACACGCAACCAAAGACACGCAACCAAGAGCCCACGCAACCCAGAAAAACACGCAACCAAGAGAGACGCAAACCAAGAGACACGCAACAAGGAGAAAAGCAACCAAAAAAUACUCAACCAAAGACAGGUACACGCAACCAAUAACACAACCAAGACACACGAAACCCAAAGAGACACGCAACCAAGAGAACACCAACCAAAACACUCAACCAAUAUACGUCAACCAAAGACACAUAGCUCAACCAAAUAUGCCAACCAAAUACGCUCAAACCAAGAUACAUCAACCAAGAAACCAACCAAUAACACCAACCAAGAGACGCAACCAAGAAACACGCAACCAAAGGGAGACACGAAAACCAAGAGCCCAAACCCAAGGAGAGCAACCAAGAGGACGCAACCAAGAGACACGCAACCAAGAGACACGCAACCAAGAGACACGCAACCAAGAGACACGCAAGAAACACUGAAACAAGAGACACGAACCAAAGAGACACGAACAAGAGAGACAAACAAAGAGACGCAACCAAGAAAACCAACCAAGAGACAAGAAACAGAAUGA